AGAAUACCGUUUUAGGAUCGCUGAGAGAAUUAAUGAGAUACUGCACACAAAGGCUUUCUCACAGAGCCGCAUUCCAGGGGCUUGUGUGCGGGCCUAGUGCAGCAGACCAGCGUUUCGAGGUGGGACUUGACUGAUCUGUUUUGAGAUCUCAGCACGCCCAGGCCUCGCUCUCCUUCCCUGGGCAGUCCUCCCUGCCAGCCCCCAUCUCCUUAUCUCCCAUCCCCCACCCACGCCCCCUCCAGCCUCGCCAUUAAACGCCCCACCACCACCACCCCAACCCGUGUUUCUCCAUUGCGUUUACCAUAAUCGGCAGCUCUACGUUUAUGGGCUCGAGUGUUGGCUCCGCCUCUCCUAGUGCCCACCCCUCUACGCCCCGCGAAGCGCCGGCACGUAGUUGGCGCCCCAUAAAUAUCUGGGGGCGAACAAAUGGACGGAAGUCGGCGCGGCUGCAGAUCGGUCCGCAGAGGACAGCUGGAUGAGCAGGGGCCAUUCUGUGUUAAAGGAGCCAAUGGGCAAGGAAAUGCACGAGUGACCACUGGACCCUGGGUUGGAACAAAAAGUAGAAACAGGUGACAGUGUUGGGGCACUGGGGGCUCUGAGCUGAUGGGCCCGCAAGGAAGUCCCCAUGAGACCUGCGCAGCCUGUGCUCAAGUAUGCAGGGCAAGGGUCUGCAGGUCAUCCCAUUCCUCAUCCACAGCAGGAGGCCACCAUGGAGAAGCCCACCAGCCCCUUGUCUGGGGUCCUGGCCUGAGGCCACCCUUGGUCACUGCUCAGAGCCUCAAAGGAGGGCUCCGUGAGCCAAGUUCUCUAGUCCUCCCUGCCUGCAUCCUGUAGGGUGUGGGAACCCCCGUCUCUUCUGGGGGUGUAGGAGCUCCUAUGUCUUGUCCUAAGGGUAUAGAAGCCCCAUGUCGCCUCUCGGGUUAACAUCUUUUUGCAGACACAGUUAAGGAGGGUGAGGUGCCAAAGGCUGCCCUGGGCACCCCGGCCCCUGGAACGGGGGACAGCUGCCACUCGCCUGUGGCCGAGGAGGAGGUGGGCAUCCCAAUACCGGCACCGGGGCUCCUGCAGGUCACGGAGAGGAGGCAGCCCCUGAGCAGCGUCUCCUCCCUGGAGGUGCACUUUGACCUCCUGGACCUCACCGAGCUGACCGACAUGUCUGACCAGGAGCUGGCUGAGGUCUUUGCUGACUCGGAUGACGAGAACCUGACCAGCGAGGCACCGGCAGGCCUGCACCCACUGCCCCGGGCCGGCUGUCUGCGCUCGCCCUCCUGGACGCGCACCAGAGCUGAGAAGAACCGUGAGAAGCAGCCCCUCAGUGACGCUGAGGGGCAGCCAGCAGUUGUGGACACGUUUCUCACCGUGGAGAGGCCCAAGGAGGACUAGGCGGGCCGGCCUCAGGGCCGAGGUGGGGAAACUCAAGAUAGUCAUGACCCUGGGGACACUCCACCCGCCCCACGUGGCUCCAGGCCGGGGUCUCAGGGCGCCCCAGCACAAGCACAGCCCAACGGCCUUAUGUCCAGCUCCUUCCUGGUCCCUGGAUCAGGGACCACAACGCCUGGGGAUGAGAUGGGAGUGGCCUGGGCCUUCUGGAAACUUCUGUCUGUAGGACCGGUGCUCUAGUCUGUCACAGGAUCCCCGAGUGGGCUCUGGGAGAGGGGGACCUGGGUCGGCAGAGCCGCUCUGCAGAUGGGGUCUCAGGGUUCUGGUCUGUGAGUGGCCCCGCCGAGCUCCCACCCAGGGAGUAUGUGGGUGGGGAGUCCUUAAAAUUGCCACCUUGAUUUCAAUCCUGUCCCCUUCCUGCAGCCCAGGGAACAAUGUCGACACCAGGGCCCCAUCCCCAGGCCCUAAAACCCUGCCUGUCCUGGUCUCUGCGUGACAGCAGGGCCCACCCUCCUAGUUCAGAACACCAAAUAUGGCACUAUUUAGCUCCC